GAUAGUCUACCCGAGGGUAUAUAUCCGAAGGGUUAUUCUGGGAAUAGCUUAGAGAGAAGUCAGAGCAAGUAAAUGUAGAGAGAGAGUGUAUUAUAAAUGCGGGGUGUUUUCAGCGUGGUUACAAAUGGGGAAAUGGGGUGCUAUUUAUAGUAGCAAUAAAUGCCGAACAGGGACACGUGUCAAGCGCUCAUUGCCCGAGGGGUCACCUCAACUGGUUGGCGCUGGCAGCCGCAUGUGGCCGCAUUUAAUGCGGCUGUUGGAUGGGACGUCUGUGCAGGGUACGGUGAUCUGUACGCAUGUGAGGCGAAUAUCUUGUCGAGUGAGAUGCCUUCGGCUAUAGAGCAGUAGCCGAGGGCUCCUCCAACCGAUGGCACCCUGGUGCCGAGGGCUCACAGUGCCGAGGGCUGCUGUUUUCGCCGUUUUCUCCCAGUUUCUUAAUUUGCUUGAGAAACCCGUUCUGUGAGAGUUUAGAGCCUUCGGCCAGGGGGCCGAAGGCAUCCCUGGCGCGUAGUGCGGGCUGCUUGGUACUCUGGGCGCUGUGAUUUGGGCCUGUUGGGCCUUCUGGGCCUGUUGGGCCUUCGCUGGAGUAGUAGGAGUCUGUGGGCCGGGGGUUCCCGGGCCAUAUACUCCAUCAGGAGUCCCUCACUCCUUUUGCCGAAAGGUACUUGAGGGAAAAGGAGUAAUUUGUGCUUGCCCUUUGAUGUUGUCCUGUCGUGAUCUCUGAAGUUGGUGAGGAGUUGUUGCUUUUAUGUCCCUGCCGAAGGCAGUCCCUCAGUUACCCACAUGUCGGGACUUGAGGGCUUGCUUUGUCGUUUUGUUGGAAUUUCACUAAUUUUGUAAUUUAAUGAUUUUCCCGAGGGGGUCCUCCAGUCCCCCACUCCUUGAGGCACUUGUAAAGUGGUGAAAAGGAGUAGAGUAGUUGCGUCGCUGUUGUGGGCCGAAGGCUGACGUUUUUCGUUUCAUUUUGGGGGGAUGCCUCGUUAAAAACCUCAUUAGGAAAAACCCUGUGGGAAAAAAUCCUAAUGAGGGAAAAAGAGUGCACCGAAUUCCCCCAAUGAUGAAUCGAAAAUGUGAAACCUUGGGCAAAAAUGGAGAAUAACGGUAAUGCCGAAGGCUCUUCUUUUCCUGAGGGCUCAUAUGUUGAUUAGUCGAAGGCCUGCUGUUGAUGUCGUGGGGGUGCCGAAGGGGAGCCCCUUAAUCUGGGGACCGAGGGCCUGAUGGAUGAGGGCAGCAGUGGAGUUGUUACCGGGGGGUCCACUGUUGUUGAUUAGUUGGUGAUGAAUAUACCUGAGGGCUCCCAUUACCUGUGUGCGAUAGGCUAUCCGUCAAUGAGGCAACUCCUCGGGGGCUACCCGGUUCUUACAGUGUUGAGAGGGAAUUUCCGAGGGGUGCCCUAAUAUGAAGCCUUGGGUUUCUGAAGGAGUGAUCCCGAAGGCAUCUGCUAUGUGCUGUGUGGGGCACAACCCGGGGGCGUCUAUGGGUAAGUGUACCCGGAGGCUCUCCUCGAUGUAGCGGAGUGGAGUAGAAAACCCGGGGGCUUCCAGAAUAUAGCCGUUGGAAUAUGUAACGUCAGGAUAUAGCCGUUGGGGGGACACGUGGCGCGUGAUGGCUGGCUGUCCGUGGGCGGCAUCACUGGUUAGGCGAAGACGCGGUGUGUAAUGAUGGCGGUCCAUCCGGAGGCCCGGAAUCCAGGCCCAAGCCCGGAUUCCAUCGCCUAUAAAUACCCCAAGGCCAGAGCCCUUUCUUCUUGUGCGAUCAUCUGUCUUAGCGAAGCUCUGCCAAAAAUUCUAGAGAGAGAAACUCAAGCCUUCGGUAAACACUCAGCUUUCAAGGUCAGUUCCCCCCUGCCUUUCUCCUUCUAGUUUAGCUGUGCCUUGUGCCCCUAGGUUAGGAGAUAGAAUUUUCUAGGAAACCCUAGUUUUCCCGAGCCUUCGAAUUAGUGAGCAGAUGUCAUCACAGAGCGACUCCCAGGAUAUCUCGGGGGAGCCUUCGGUAGAGAUGGAGACAUGCUCAGAUGUGGAGUCGUCGAGCGUGGAGUCCUCGGCGGGUGGUGAUGCCGCAGUGGCCAUGGAAGUGGAGAAGGACCUCCAGGCCGAAGCCGAAGCCGAGGGCUUCGAACAAGAAAACGAGGACGAAGAGCUUGCCCUUGCCGUGCAGACCGCCGAGCAAGAAGAGGAGAGGGAGAGGCUGAAGGUGACGGUUGCCAUUCCUCCCCCCCCCCCCCCCCCCCGGGGUGCCGGGGAAGCCAGCUCCUCCCGGCCAUUGGACCCGACGCCCAUCAGUGUGGCUCCCGGGAAGAAAAACAAGAUGAAGGCGGCCCCGAGGAAGAAGCAAGCGGCAGUGGAUGCCGGGCGACCGGUGGGCAUACCCGAGGGCCAUUCGUUCUUGAAUACUGCCGCUCUAGAGCUGAAGACGAGGGCGUCCCCGGCAGAAUACCAGUCCACCGAGAUGCUGGUUGGCCCUUCGGCGCGCGUGGUGGAGCCCAGGGCGGAUGAUUUGCUGCGAUAUGCGCCCGAGGGGUGUUUUGCUGCUCACACCCUCUCGGUGGAGAUGGGGCUUCGGUUCCCGCUCCAUCCUUUUCUCUUGGAGUAUCUGAGGUUUGUGGGGUUGGCCCUUUGCCAGCUAACGCCCAACAGCCACUCCUAUGUGGCCGGCUUCCUCUCCUUGUGUCAGAGCCGGGGGGUCGAGCCCACACUUGAUCAAUUCUUCAUGUCCUUCAACCUCUGCCGGGGGGACAUUCAAAUGCUGAGGGCUUUGCCAACCUUCAGCAGGUACCGGAGUUCCGGCUUUUUGAUGAUGUGCCCUCGUCCCACAAGGGGUGGAAGGAGAGGUUCUGCUACAUUCGCCUCGAAGAGAACCCCUUCCCGGCCCAACUCCGCAAUAGCUUCCGGCGCCAUCCGAAGGUGGGGAGCGCAGCUCUGGAGAAGAAUGGCAAAGUGCUUGCCAGGAAGCCGGAGGGGUCUGACAAGCACGUCAAGAUCAUAGACGUCACCCUUCCAGAGGAACUGCUCAGCUUGGGCUUCCGGCAGUUCAGGCCGAGGGGCUCUUCGGAUGAAAGAUACCCUCCCCUCGAUCGAGUCUUCGAAGGAGCUGGAGGUGAUCACCGAAUGGUUCACUGAUGCGUUGAUAGUUCUCUCUUAUUCCCCAUUUUUUUAUGACGUAGUAAUUGGUAGCCUUCGAUCUAACCCUCUUGUGUUUUUUUUUGUUGCUUGCAGGUAACAAUAUGGACGUCGGUUCCCUCUUCGCUCUGAAGAACGUGAAAGGGAAGAAGAAGGCCCCAGGGGCGCUUCUGCGAGGGAGGGGCCCUCUCAAACUGCUGCGAGGGAAGGGCCCUCUCAAACUGCCCGUAAAAAAGAAGAACGUCGGCAAGGGGACCGAGCCCCCGGCCAAGAAGCCGAAGACUACCGCCCCUACCAAACAGCCGAUCACCGAUGUGGUGGUGAUCGUUGACGAAGGGCACGCCUCUGCCUCCACCCCCCAGGAACAAAUCAAUCAGGAGUUCUUCGGGCGGGAGAGGUUGGAGGCGUUAGUACCGAAGGGAGCCUCCGUGUUGGAGGGCAGUCUGAACCCUUCGGCUCUGAUGAGCCAGAUGCUGCCGUCGGCCGACCGACUAGCCCUUGCCCGGUUGGACGAGGGAUCCCUCGAGGCGAAGGUCCUCCUGAAUGCUGCCUCCAGCUUUAUGGGCCUCUGCGAGCACCUCCGGAGGGUGGAUCAAAUGAGGGAGGCCAAGGGUGUAGCCGAGGGGGAGGCCGCCCUCCUCAGGAAGAAGCUUGCUGAAGCCGAUGACUCUCUUCGUCUGGCCACCGACGGCAUAGAGCAGAGGGUGCAGGCUGCCAGGGCCGAAGGGGUUAAUGAGGGACUGGCCAGGGCCGGGGAGGCCGCCGCCGAGGCCGCCCGCAUUGCUGCUGAUGAAGCCCGCGCAGCUCAAGAAGAGGCCGUCUCCAAGGCCCGAGAGGAUGCGGUGACCAGCUUCACAGCCGAGGGGUGGAAGGCCAAAGACCGGAGGGAGUGGCUCGCUUCGGUGGUGGGGGCUUCAGUAGACGAGUGGGUCGGAGGCCCCGGAAAGAUGUGGCUUGCUGAGAGGGGCGACUCGUACUAUCAAGGCGGGGAGUUCUUCACCCAACGCCUCAUCUACCGGAAGCUUGCGAAGCACUUUCAGGUGGCACCGGAGGAGUUCCGUCCCGAGGCUUAUGGCCUCCCCCCGCCAGCCAGAUGUCAGGAUCCCGCUCCCCGAGGGGGAAGAGAGACCAGUUCUUGAAGACUCGGAGACCCUCCGGGAGUGCGGCCUUGGGGGUGAAGAGGAUGAAGCCGAGAGCGAGGCGAUAUCUACAGUCCCCCUUCUUGAAUUGUAUUCCCCCCUUUAGUGUUGUAAUUGUUGGCCUCGGCCCCCUUUGUAAAGCACAAUCAAACUUCCCUUUUUUUUGAAUGAAUGAGUACAUAUGCCCUCGGGCCUUUGAUAUACA